AAAGCUAAAUCUGAGGCCUGUCAGAUUACAAAGAGGAACAUAUGAAGACAGACACAUAGACACACUUAAAACGUGUCGUUUGGAAGGAAACUCAUCACACAUUUUUGAAAUCUGUACUUUUAUAACCACAGAGGAAUGCCUGUGGACGUGGAGAAGAUUAUUCAGUUUAUUAAACAAGGCGACCAGGACACUGUUCAAAUACAUCUGGAUGAUUACAACACUGAGGCAGAAAAAAAACUGUGUUAGAAUCUUCUACUACUUCUACAACACUCAGAUAUUAGCAGUUUCCAUGACAACAGAACUGGGUACUCACAAUGUUUCUUUUUUGAUGUGGAAGAAAAAGAGAGAAAAAAAGCAAAGAGAGCUGGAAGAGUUUCGCAGGAAUAAAGUGAGAGAGUAUGUUCCAGACUCUGACUCAGAUUUUGACUCUGAUGAGAAUGAGGAUCAAGAACUUGUUCUGCGGAGGAGGCUUGCUGCAACUCUGAUCUGGUUCAUUCGUAUGCGGCUGCAGCCAGGCGUUUUGAGAGUGUGUCUGCGCACUCUGAGAAUUAUCUCACGUGAUCGAAAGGCCUUGGCUCCUCUGAUCACAGACUAUGCCAUUCUAACUCUUGCUCGACUUGGGGGCAUCUCCGCCCUGCCAACCUUGCCUGAAGAAGAGGAGGCUGAGUGGGGCUCCUCCCAAAGUGACAUCACUCCUGAGAAUGAGACAUUGACACAUCUGGAUAAUAAUGGCAGCAAUGCACAACAUCCAACAUGUUACAGGGAGGGAGAUGAUUCAGUCUGUGUCUUUGCGGCCUGUGCUGAAUCUUUGGUCAGUGAAGGUGUGCAGAUCAACCCUGUGAACGUGACAUCUAACUAUAAUGUUGGGAGAGAAACAAAUGAGAGGAAAGAUGGGGUCUGUGGACUGUUGACAAGAGGAAAGAGAGAUGCUAGAGGAGAGAACGAUGAAGAGGAGGAGCAUGACGAUGGAGAGGUCUGGAGGAAAGAGGCGAUGAAGGCCCUGUGCAAUGUCAUCUACAACAGCCUGAAAGCACAAGAGAGAGCCUGUAUCCUGAGGUUGCUCCAUGGCCUGUCAGAAAGACUUAAAGAUGGCAUACGUUCCUCAUCACCUCCAAGUGGUCAAUUUUAUGAACUGCGGCUUCUCUUUCUGUUGACCGCUUUACGACCUGAGCUUAGAAUAGAACUCUGCCAGGAGCGCGGUGUGUCCAUGCUGACUGCUGCUCUGGAACAGUGUUUAGAAGUGUGCUGGGGAGAAACGCAUGAGGUGCUGACUGACCUCACAGCACCUCCUGUGUCUAAGGAGGUGACUCAGCGUGCCCUUGAGAUUCUCAAGACCCUGUUCAACAUUACCUACAGUGUGCACAGACAGGAAGUAGAUGAGGAGGCUGUAGAUUUGUAUCGUCACCUUGCUGCGGUCCUGCGUCACUGUCUACUCGUGCCCUGUGAGGGAGAGGAUAGAAAAGAGGAACUACAAGGACACACAGUGAACGUGCUCUCAGCGCUCCCACUGCAGUGCCUAGAUGUUCUGCUAUCCGUUCGCCUAUCUGAAGGUUCGAAGGAGUCCGGCGGAGUCAACAUGGACUGCGUUCACACUCUGCUGCUCUUCAUGGAGAAGAGACUGGACAGAGGCUAUAAGCUGAAGGAAAAGUUGGCUCCAGUGUUAAACCUGUUGACUGAGAGCAGCAAAGCACACAGGGAAACUAGACACUAUCUCAGACAGCAGAUCCUGCCUCCACUGAGAGACGUUGAGAUGAGGCCUGAACAGGGGAACACAUUGAGGGGCAAACUAGUGCGACUAAUGACCCAUGUCGACACUGAUAUCAAACACUGUGCAGCUGAGCUUCUCUUUGUGCUCUGUAAAGAAAAUGUGAGCAGGUUUGUGAAGUACACUGGUUACGGUAAUGCAGCGGGGCUGCUGGCGGCACGGGGUCUAUUGAACAGCCGUGGCCCCUCUCCUCAACCGCAGUACUCCAGUGACUCUGACUCAGACACGGAGGAGUACAGACAGGCCAAGGACAGGAUUAACCCUGUGACGGGACGGGUGGAGGUGGAACAGCCUGAUCCUAUGGAAGGAAUGACUGAAGAAGAGAAAGAGGCAGAGGCGCUCAGACUCAUAAAUAUGUUCAACAAGCUCUCACGAGGCAAAGUCAUUCAGCCAAUGGGAGUGACAACGGAUGGCAAACUAGCGCCGCUUUGUGGCCAGACGAGGCACAGCGCUGUGGAGGAGGAGGACGAAGAAGAGGAGGAAGAAGAUAGUGAAACCGAGCAGGAAUGAUGUCAACAUGAUCAUGAUGAUGAUUAAUGACAGACAGCCAGAACCCGUAAAAUAGGAAGCUACUAAGAAGCAGAAGAGGAAAGAAAGAGACAACGAGAGACAGCCAUCACACCGAAGACAGACAAACGCUCCUGGAAAAUGCUGCUGGUGUUGCCAUGGUUUUGUUACCAUGGUAACAACAGGAAAUGCAGUUCUACGGAUUCCUUUUUUUCUCUCGCGCUCUAGCAGGAGUGGAAUGUUUACCUUGAAGAGAGCUGCCGAGGUUGGAUCACCUGACGCUCCAUAUGCUGGCAUCCUGCACCGAGAACGCUCAAUUAAAACGACGUCGUUAUUCAAAUCCUCAGAGAAAUGUUUUCAUUUACAGAUUGAUUAGUACACUUUGAACCUAAUUACAACAUUUAGCGCAGGUUAUUUGACGGUUCUGCUUGAUUUCUAAUGUAUUUCCUUUCACGAUAUCGUUCCUACCCGUACAAAAUACCAGCAUGUAUGUCUAGAACAAA